UGCAAAUAUCACUAACAACCGCCGUUUAUUGAAGCCGAGGCCAGAGGAAAACAGAUUCACUGGCUUUUGAACUGGAGCCACAGGCUUAAUUAGGCCUCUUCCAGAGCAUCAUCUGUGAGUAUCUGUGAGCAUGAGGCAGCUGGCUCUGGACGAAGUGGAUGCAGAGGACAGGAGAUUUUGGCGACAACAUACAAGAGUGGCCGAUUUCAGCAGAGAAGAAGAAGACGAGGCCAGAGCCGCCGGGGGGUGACGGGCCGGGACGAGGGCAGUGAUGAGGUCGUGCUGGAAUGCAAGAAGUAUGACAGGGAGAGAACGAAGAUGAUGCAUGUGUUUCUGAGUGAGAUGGGACGUGGAGUGAACGGGAGGACUGGAAGGGAAUGGAUGGUGCUGCUGCUGGGGCUCAGUGGAGAGACGAGUGGACGAGUGAUCGAGGCAGUGAAAGAGUUCUUGGAGGGCAUGUGGCGUGCAAGAUGUAGGGAAUGAUAUCUUGCCCCGAGAGCAUAGACUUUCCGCAUGUUUUCUUUUCUUUUCACGGGAGCUGCCGAUACAAAGGCCUGGCUGGGGAGAAAUCCCGCGCCACCUGUGACAUCAAGAUCAAGUAAACACCUGGGGGACAUAAACACUGGCGAUACAAAGGCCAAGCUUCCCGAACGACACCUGACCUGCCGUGUGUUCCUGUACGAGCCGUGUUUCCAUGGCCUGCCAAGACCCAUAACACACAAGGAACUGCUUCAGGGUGCCGGUGUGAAGCCGCAGGGAAAGGGGAGCCAUGACGCAGUUGAAGCAGAAAGGCGACUUGUUUUCGGUCAAGGUCAAGAAGGAAAAGAAAGGCAGUAAAGGCAAGAAGAAGAAGAAGCAGCAGGAGGGAGACAGAGAGGUCCACGUGAAGAAAACACCCAAGGCUGACCACUUGUCUGCCCUUGAUGUCCAGCCGUUAACUUACAAGAGCCUGACGGUUGGCCAGGUGCUGCUGGGCUGUGUGUUGGAGGAGAGGGACUAUGAGCUGGUGGUGAGUCUGCCCCAUAAGCUGGUGGGCAGCAUCAGCCUGGCACACAUCUCUCGGCCCUACACGGCUCCUCUGUCCAAGCUGAAGGAUGAUGAGGAGGGGGAGGAGGAAAUCCAGGCCCUGCAGGAGCUGUAUCAGCCAGGCCAGCAUGUGGUGUCCAUCGAGAAGGUCAACAACAUGACCUGGGUGAGUCUCACACUAAUGCCCAAUGAGGCGAACUUUGGCAUCUCAGCAUCGUGCCUGGAGAAGGGUCUGGUGCUGCCCUGUGCUGUGGCCAGCCUGGAGGACAAGGGCUAUGUCAUGGACACAGGCAUUCCCAAGAUCAAGGCAGCGUUCCUCAAGAGGGAGGACACGGAUAAGGCUCACACUUGGGUGUGCAGUGUGUUACGCUGCGUCCUAACAAACAUCUUUGGGAGGGACACCAAAGACAACCUGCGCCUGACCCUCAGUGCCAACCCCAAGGCUCAGCAACCCUGGACCUAAGCCACACCACCAAUUUGGCACUCCUGCUCGCGGGCACUGCCGUCAACACUACCAUCUCAAAGAUACGAGGCGACGCGCUCACCCUCAUGUAGGCGGGGCUGGAUGGUGUGGUGAGCCCCCCGCACCUGGCCCAGCCCUUUGACCGGCUGCAGCAGUACGGCCUCGGAGGCAGCGUGAGGGGCAGGGUGCUGUACGUCAUG